AUGAAGGAGCUUAUCCCACUAAUAGAUGGACGCCUAACAAUCAAACCAUACAAUAAUGCCGAAGGCAAGCUGAAUUAUCACUGUGUAGCAGAGUUUGUGAAGGUAGAGCAGCAACAACCAACACAAGAAUUUGAUAUUGGUGCAUAUUUUGAAGCAAAUGGUCAUGGAACUGUGCUGUUUGGACAGAAAGCUGUUGAGCUUAUAAUAAAAGCUGCUGCAGAUUCUAAUAAUAAUGCUGGACAGCAACUCCUUGUAAACAUGAAAAUAAUCAAUCAAGCAACUGGAGAUGCACUAUCUGACCUUCCGCUAGUAGAGGCUGUGCUAAGUGCUCGCGGAUGGUCUGUUAUGGACUGGGCUGCAGCCUGUACAGAUUUGCCUAACUGGCAACUCAGGAUCACUGUCAAGGAUCGUAAUUUAAUGAAGACUGUUGAUGCUGAGCGGAAAUGUGUAUCACCUUUGGGUCUUCAAGAUAGAGUGGAUCAGCUUGUAUCUCAGUACCCCAGUGGAUGGGCUUUCGUUCGGCCUUCUGGCUCAGAGGAUGAUGUCCGUGUUUAUGUUGAGGCUGAUACUAGAGAAAAUUGUGAUAAACUGGCUCAGAAAGUAGCUGAAGCUGUUUUAGAAAAAUUGUGA